CAGUCUACCGCCCGUGUGAGGGACGUGCGGGGUCCUCAUCAUGCAUCCCACUGCGCAUGAAACGCUGAGUUCCCUGCAGUUCUCCAAGAUUCCAGGGAGAUAAUUCUUUGUUUGGUAUGCAUAUUUUCAUUAGUGGGCCUGCAUUGAUUGGCAAGUGAUCCAGGAAUUUCACUGAACAUGUUCCUGCCGGAGUAUCUUGAAUAUGCCGAGCGUAUCCGCAAGACCCUUUACUAUGGGCGGCUGCCAUCCACUGACCGCCCAUCUUUACCCUUCACAAGCAUGUCAGUGGAAAAGUUCAGUGAGAUAUGCCGCCAGGAUGGACUAGAGAAGCUGGACACACGUUAUGCCUCCUCGGUGUGUUAUGAUGCAUGUGUCACCCCUUGCUCCCUCAUUGUGGCAUUACUCUACCUGGACCGUCUGCGCACUCAGAACCCUGAUUACCUGGCCAACACCUCUCCCUCACAGGUGUUCCUAGUGGCAACGAUGGUUGCCAGCAAGUACCUGUAUGAUGAUGGUGAGGAAGAUGAGGUGUUUAAUGACGAGUGGGCCACCUCAGCCGCCUUGUCCCUGGCCGACCUCAAUCAGGCAGAGCGGGAGUUCCUUAUUGCCAUUGACUGGAACCUCUUUGUUGAUGCUGAUGCUUUCCUGAGUGUGUUUGAACGAGUAGAAGCUGAGGUGUCUUGGCGUGAAGGUGUGAAGAGAGGCUACUUCACCUAUACAGAUUUGCUGUCUCUCACCCAGACUCUGCCUUCAUCCUCUUGCACCACUGUUUUGAAUCUGUUGAACCAAGUGUUGGCUGUUUGCAUCGUUGGCUACACAGCUGCUAUGGUGAGUGUGGUUGCUGGCACUGUCUUGGCCCAGGAAUGCAGUCAGCAGAUCAACACAAUGAUGCAACACCUCACCUCCCUUGAUGCUACCUCAGUGCCCAACAACACUCUUGCACCUUGCCCCGAGGAGCCCCUGGCAGAGUCUCUCCCCAGCAUCAUUGUCGACUCCCUCCACUCCUUGGCAGAUGCCAAUGAGAGCCUUGUGCAGGACAGCGAUAACAGUAUUCCAAACCUUCCCGGCCUGCCUUCUCGUGCCCUCACCACCCUCACUACCUCCAUCCUGUUGGCCAUGUCUUCCCCCAGCAGUACCCUUGAGCCCCAUCACUGGAAGGGCCGGUCACAUCAUCCAUCUCCCCAGGGCCAAGUCAGGCAGGAGAGACAUUCCAAGGAGCUUGGGGGGGAGGGGAAGGAGGUGGAGUGUGACCCUGCAGGCAUACACUUGCCCUUCACCACUGGAUCGUAUUGGCUUCCCUCAAGCUAUAUCUGCAGAUCAGGCCACAUUAUGAGUCACUUCUCCCUGGACUCCAUCAACUUUGACCUUGGACCAAAAGAUGAACUUGUCAAUGGACAGAAGGAGGACUGGGUGUACUCCAAUCCAUGGGUCAUCCCUUGGUUGUCAUGGCAUGGUGCUCCAGUGUACAGCAUGAUUCAGAACUUCUCUGGAAUUGGAGCUCCAAAUCUGCAAAGCUACAAGAGGAAUGAGAUCAGUUGGGUGGAUCAAUUGGCCUUGAUGUCUACCUCACUGAUAGAUCUGGUAUCAGAACUGACUCCUGGCACAAUUAGCUUGUCAUUGCCCCAAACACCCAUGCUCUCUGCUGCUGCUGCUUCUGUGGCUCAUUCUGGUCCAGAACCUGUGCCUUGGGUGAUGUAAUAUCUUGAGAAGAUUAUAGGGUGCCAAGACUUGCUGAAAAAAGUGAACAGCCAUUAGUAAGAGUUCCAAGAUACAUUAUUAUAGCAACCAGUAACCUUCUUGUCACUGCACAAAGACUUUUAUCUUUGUGAAUGUUUUAUGGCUUCUGAGGUAGAUGGGAUACCUGUUUGGCUGAAACUUUUGUAUGAUGAUAGAUUUGUCCUGAAACUCAGUAUUGUAAGGUUUCUCCAAGCUGUGUUUUACCAACACAGCUUGGUGGGCUUCUUGGGAUGCUGUUUAUUGCCACAGUGUGUCCUUCCAUUUGGCUGUCCCACAGUCUUGGUUCUGUUUGAAUAAGAUGUUACCAUUUGGAGGGAUAUGUUAAAUUUUGUUAUCCUGGAUGUGAGCAAUUUAGGUGGUGGUCAUUCAAAAUGGUGUUUAUUGAUCUUUUGGAAAAUGGAAUAUUGGUGAAACACACAUUUUAAUAACCAUGUAUAUAUAAAAAUACUAAAUGCAGCCCUGAGGUGAUAUGUUGAUUACUAACAAUGGAUUUAACAAUGUUAGAUAAUAACUUCAUGUACCCAUCACAUAUCAACUGCUGUUAACAGAAUAAUUAUAUAGAUUAGCAGGUUCAGUGUAACCUUGUUGGUCAGACUGCUUAUUGGAUUGAUCAUCAGCUUUCCAUCUACCUUAAAAAAAAGAGGCCAGUAGUGAUAUACAAGUGAUAAAAAAAGGAUGCACGAUUAUUUGUUACCUACAAGAAGGUUACAAGGUACUCGUAAAGUACCUUGGACUCCAGCUGCAGGCUGUCUUGCUCAGGUGUAAGAUGAGCAUGCCAAGAGGAGGCGUAUUAGUUGGACCUUCAGGAAAUAAAAUUCUAGAGGAUGUUACCAUUUUAAGAUCAUAUUGAACCUGUUAAUGUUCUUUACCUACUGAUGUAUUUUGAAUAACAAAAGUAUUCAGUUACACAUAAGUGACCAUUUUUGUUAACUACAGAAAUGCUAAUAAACUAAUCACCUUA